GUCACAAACUCUUUUGUAAUUUGCUCAACUCAAAAGUCAAAAAACGAAACUUCAACAAAUUUAUUUCAUUUACAGAUUUUUUUAGAAACAACGCGAGUCUAAUUAAAUUGGCUACAAGCCGGACUAGAUUGGCCCGCAACACAAGCGUGUGAUUUCACAGUUCACAUUUGCAUCUUCAGCUUGCAGUUUCCUGAAACGCACAGCAAGUGAUGUCGUCCACUUUGAACAAGCAAAAAAUGAAGCCUCCAUGUAAGCUGCCACCGCAGCUUUUUCACAACCAUCGUCAAAUGGCACUACGGAAUGUAACUGUUGCAGUCGCAUCUGCCUUAUUUGUCGCGUUCACAUUCAAUUUGCUGCACAACAAGCCGAAAAAAAAGAAGUAUCGCAAUUUUUAUAGCAACUAUGAUGCGGAGAAGUCCUUCAUGCGUAUGGCAGAAGGCGGCUACCUUCACUCAUGUCCGCCUUGUUCGUUAAAGAGUGGUGAAGAUGACGACGAUGAUGGCAAACAGAAGAAGAAAAAGUAG